AUGGACCUGCUAUAUUUAUUUUUUUGCAUUUUGUUGGAUGUCUUGGCUGUAAAUUGUCAAGAUUUUGCAGCUGCAGAUGUGCGUGUAAUUGGAGGAUAUGCACCAGUUCCGCAUUCUCUAAAGUACAUUGUAACGUUACAGACGAGACUGCGUCAGCACCUCUGUGGGGGGUCCUUGAUAAAUAAAUACUGGGUAAUCACAGCAGCACACUGUGAUAAUGGAAAAAAUAACAUGGUGAUAGUCGCGGGAGACUAUUCACUUAGCAUCUACGAGGGAACAGAGCAAGAAGUCUUCCCCCAAGUUUUGAUUCCACACCCAGAAUACGACAGCAACACCUACAAUAAUGACAUCAUGCUUAUAAAGCUCCAGGUCCCCGUCUACCUGAACAGUUUUGUUUCCAUCACUUUGAUGCCCCGCCCCAACGCCAUCAUAUCAGAGGGCAGAACGUGUCGAGUUUCAGGUUGGGGAAAUACAGAACCCAGUGGGGGUCAGAUCCCUUCAACCCUCCGCACCGUUAAGGUCCCCAUCAUUUCAUUAGAAAAAUGCAACAGCACCGACUCUUUUAAUGGGACGAUCACAGAAAACAUGCUCUGUGCUGGUUUUAGUACUGGUGGAAAAGACGCCUGUCAGGGGGACUCUGGUGGUCCACUUGUAUGCGACGGCAGAUUGUACGGCGUGGUGUCCUGGGGGAAGGGUUGCGCCGAACCCAAUUUUCCUGGAGUCUACACUGCUGUGGCCAAGUACCGCAAGUGGAUAGACAACACCAUUUUUAGCUUUUACAGGAGGUGUGACAAGGUUUAA